GUACAAACUGAUUUCACUCGAUCAAGUGUAUGUUUUGUACUUCGUAGUUGUAGUAGUACAAAAAAAAAAAAAACAGAGCCCAUUUUGGGCUCUCUCUAUCAGUCUAUCUCAACUGAAAAUGGACUCUUCUUCUUCUUCUUCUUCUUCAUCCUUCACCCUAAACUCCAAGCGCCCAUUGGACCCCACCAACACCACCACCAUGAUGGACCCCACCACCACACCAAAGCGGCGCCACCUUUCACAACAACCAUCAACAGAACAAAGCGUUGUCUUCCGUCUCCUCUGCCCUUCCUCUCUCGUCCCUCACCUCCGCCCCCUCCAAUCCCUCCUCCACAUCUCCCCCGAAAACAACAACGACACCGACCACUGCGUCGUCCACAUCCAAAACGACAUCGUCAACGACGGCAGCGACAAUGGCGACCAUGACCAGGAUUGCUCGCCGGCCCAGCAAGCGCUCCUGAAGGUCUUCGAGACAAUGGCAAUGGCGAAGGCCAAGGUCGGUAAUGAUGAAAAUGAAGAAGUCAACAAAGAGAACGACCCGGACCCGAACUUGAAUUCUGGCGGCGGCGGCGAGGAUAUGGGGUUGGGGAGAACGGUGUGUUGUAGGUUAUUGGCGGGGAGUAAUCAGGUGGGGUGUGUUUUAGGGAGAGGAGGGAAGAUUGUGGAGAAGAUUAGGCAGGAGAGUGGGGCCCAAGUUAGGGUUUUGCCUAGAGAUCAUCACCAUUCUCAUGACUUGAUUCAAAUAACAGGAAACUUCUCAGCUGUAAAGAAAGCACUCCUGUCUGUUUCAAGUUGUCUUCAGGAUAACCCUAGGGUCGAUGCAGCCAACUCUGGUUCUACUAAACCUUCAUUGGGGGCACUACAUGGAACUCCCCUGCCACCAUAUGUUGAUAUUCCUCAACGGGGUUAUGCAUCUAGCUUUCAUGCUGCAGAUUAUCGUUCGAGAGGUUAUUCUUCGGUUCCGGGGCCUGAAAAUAUUGGUGCUGGUCACAGAAUGGCUAUGGAAGAAGAGGUGGUAUUUAAGUUGUUAUGCCAACUUGAUAAAGUUGGUAGUCUGAUUGGGAAAGGUGGCUGUAUAAUACGAGCUUUGCAAAGUGAAACUGGUGCGUCUAUUAAGAUUGCUGAUUCUGUGUCUGACUCAGAUGAGCGGGUUGUUGUGAUAUCAGCACGAGAGAAUUCCGAGCAGAAACAUUCUCCAGCCCAGGAAGCUGUUAUUCGUGUGCAUUGUAGAAUUGCAGAGAUUGGAUUUGAACCUGGCGCUGCAGUCGUUGCUAGGCUUCUUGUUCAUUCACAGCAGAUAGGUUGUUUAUUGGGUAAAGGAGGUUUCAUUAUAACAGAAAUGAGAAGAGCUACCGGUGCCAGUAUACGUAUUUUUUCAAAGGAACAAGUUCCAAAGUGUGGUUCCCCUAAUGAUGAAGUUGUGCAGGUUAUUGGAAACUUGCAAUCCGUACAGGACGCUUUAUUUCACAUAACAGGCAGGCUUCGGGAAACCAUAUUCCCAAUGAAACCACCCCCUCCAAAUUUUUCUGCACCACCCUACAUGUCUCCUUUUGCAGAAAUGCCCCCUCCUUUGUUCAGGCCAAGACAUAACCCAGCUUCCCCAGGUAGCUAUCCUUCUCCAGUGGGACAUCCUCAUGGAGUUGAUCGUUCUGCCAUUCCAUCCCAACCCCUAGAUCACCAGCCUACAUUUUCACAUGGUAUGGAUCGCAGUGGUCCAUCUAACAUGGACCGAGUUCCCUAUCCUUAUGGAAGUGAGAGACCAGGACAUGGUCCUACUUUUGACAGACCCUCUUCUUCUCCAAGAUCUUGGAAUCCUCAGGCAGUGAGCAGUGGAAAUAAUUGGGGAGCAGCUGAUGUUUUGGGCUUGACAUCGAAAAGUGGGCCUCUUCGAAGUGGAAGUCAAGUGCCAAUUUUGACCAGCACGACUGUUGAGAUCACAAUUCCUCAAACAUUUUUGGGCCAUGUUCAUGGAGAGAACAACAGUAACUUGACUCAGAUCCAGCAGAUCUCGGGUGCGAAGGUGUUGAUUCAUGACCCAAAACCUGGGGCUAUGGAAGGUGUAGUUAUAGUAUCUGGGACCAAAGAACAAACGCAUGCUGCCCAGUGCCUUAUUCAAGCUUUUAUACUUUGUGGGCAGACACCACCUUGACAAUCCAUUCUGUUAAGUGGCCAGCUAUAUUGAUGAAGUUUUGAAGUGUGAAUAUUCCUUUUCUUUCUUUCUUUUCCUUUUUUUGCAUCAAGUGUAAAUUUUGUAGUUGAUUUUGUUCAAUGUAGCUAUGCCUAAUGUCUGUUGGUUCCUCUUUCUUGGUGAAUGAAAUAAAGAUUUCAUGUAUAGGAAUUCUA